GAGUUUUUAUCAAUAUAUUAACAAAUAAAUAUUUUUGUGAAGUUUAAUUUAUUGUCUCGUUGUUUCAAGAAAGUAUGGAAAUGGAAAAUAAUUCUGAAAGCACUAAAACUAUUGCAGACUUGGAAAGAGAAGAGUAUAAAUUCAGUUUUAAUUUUGUUAACGAACCUUGGGAUGAUCGUUCGAACAGAAGUAAAAUUGGCAUAAUUUCAUUACUUGUUACUAUAUUUAUUUCUACAAUGGCUUUGGUUAUCAAUAAUUUGUUUAUGCAUUAUAGAGGUUUUGAUUGUGGCUCCUUCAAUAGUAAUGUUGAAAUCGAUUGUAAUUUAGUUAAAGUGGACAAUUAUCCAUAUGCAGCACGAAUCCAUUCUGUAUCAUCAAAUAAACUCAUAUGUUUAGGAGCUGUUGUGUCUCCUACUUCCGUACUAGCAAACGAAUUAUGCAUAAAAUCUGGUCCGAUAUGGUUACGAUUAGGGAACCCUACAAAUCCACGAUGUAAAAAAGGUUUUUCUAUUGACUCCAUGGAUUCUAUUCCACACGACGGCACAAUCACAAAGAGCUUGGUACUUUUGACCAAUUUUGAAAAUAUGAAAGAAUGUAUCGAGGAAAUCAAGAUUGGCGUUGAUAUAGAUCCUAAAAAUGAUUUUUACAUAAUUGGGCGACCCAUUCGUGGUGAAAAAACAUUGUCAUUACAAAUUGCUACGUACGAUGCUCAUGACAAAACUGCUUUGGAAAUUUUGCGAAGUUACGACAAGGAUAAAACAAUCUGUGUGCAAACUGUUGGCAAGUGUCCUGUAAGGGCUGGAGAUCUACUCGUGCAGAACAAUCGCUUACUUGGUCUAGCUUCAACCAGUGUACAUAGAAGAGAUAAGACGAAUACUGCUUGUUUUGCUUAUUUAAAUAUCGUUAAUAAAGAAUUAAAGGCUUUUCAUAUUGAUAUCGAGAGUAAUAAAUUUUAAAUCACUGUCGAAAACGAGUUGUUCAAAUCCAGAGAAUUGUCAAAAUAAUUAAACGUAACGUUACGAA